GGCGAGGCUGCUAGGGCAGGGACGCGCCAUGAAUCAAUUCGGCCUCAGCGCGGGCGGCGGCUUCAACUUCGGAACGCCUAAGACGGGCGGAGGCAGCGGCACCAGCGCGGCCCCCGCGGGCUUCUCCUUCUCCUCGGCCAUCUCGGCGGGCUCAGGCUCAGGCGGGUCUUUCGGCUUCGGUUCCCCCGCCCCGAACGCCGGGAGCGCCCCGCCCGCCGCCGGGCUCUUCUCCUUCGCGACGCCGGCCGCCUCCACGCAGGCCUCCGCGUUCAGCUUCGGGAUGCCCCCGGCCUCGUCCGCGGCGGCGGCGGCGGCGGCGGCUUCUCCCGCGGCGGGCGUUUUCACGCUGGGAGGCAACGCGCCCAAGCUGAGCUUGGGGGGCUCGGGUGCCACGACGGCCCCCGCCGCGACCGGUGGUUUCGGGCUGGGCAGUAGCGGCGGACUGGCCGGCUCCGGCGCGAGCAGCAGCGUGCCGGGCAGCCAGGCGGCGGCAGCGGCGGCACCCGCGGGGUUCGUGUUUGGCUCAGCCACGACGACGCCACAACCAGCUCCAGCCGCUGCCGCCGCCGCCGCCGGAGGCUUCAGCUUUGGAGGGGCGGCCCAGACGGGGGCUCCGAAUUUCAGCCUCGGCUCGCUGGGGAGCGGCCCGGCGCAAACGGUGCCAACCGGCCCGACCUUUGGAGUUGCUCCGGCCUCCACCAACGCCGCUGUGAGCACAGCAGCUGCAUCGCAGGCAACCCCAGCCUUCAGCCUCGGGACAGCGUCUACCGGUUCUGGCUUUGGAGUGUUGGCUCCAGCUGCUGUCACUUCUACCACCACCACCACCACCACCACCACAGCUUUGUCCUUUGGGGCUAAACCUGGAGGUACCACUGCCACUUCCGGGGCACCUGCCACUAUAGGUUCUUCUCUCCUGGGCCUAUCAGGGCCCACACUGUUUGCAUCUGUAGCAGGCUCCUCAGCUCCAGCUGCCUGUAGUGCCAUUAGCCUUUCAGUGGGUACCUCCUCGACAGGAGCAGCUCCCAUUGGGACCUUGGGAUUUGGCUCAAAAAUGCCUGGAGUGACCACAACAGCAACCGCUGCCCUCCCCGCAGCUGGGGCUGUUUCUGUACCUGCUGCAGGAUUCCUUUUGAACAUGAAACCCCUUGCCACAACAAGCGUGGCUGCUUCCACCUCCACUGCAACCACCACAACUGGCAUGACACCCCCCGUGAUGACUUAUGCCCAGCUGGAGAGCCUGAUUAACAAAUGGAGCCUGGAACUGGAGGACCAGGAGAAGCACUUCCUUCAGCAGGCCACCCAGGUCAAUGCCUGGGACAGGACAUUGAUUGAAAAUGGAGAAAAGAUCACAACUUUACACAGAGAAGUAGAGAAAGUGAAGCUGGAUCAAAAGAGGUUGGAUCAAGAGCUGGACUUCAUUUUGUCUCAGCAAAAGGAGCUAGAAGACUUGCUGAUCCCAUUGGAGGAGUCUGUGAAGGAGCAGAGUGGAACAAUCUACUUGCAACAUGCAGAUGAGGAGCGGGAAAAGACAUACAAGCUGGCAGAGAACAUUGAUGCCCAGCUGAAGCGCAUGGCCCAAGACCUGAAAGAUAUCAUUGAGCACCUGAACACCUCCGGGGGCCCUGCUGACAAUAGUGACCCUCUUCAGCAAAUCUGCAAAAUUCUGAAUGCACACAUGGAUUCUUUGCAGUGGAUUGAUCAGAACUCAGCAUUGCUGCAGAGGAAAGUGGAGGAGAUGAGCAAGGUCUGCGAGAGUCGCCGUAAGGAGCAGGAGCGCAGCUUCCGCAUCACCUUCGACUAACGCGCUGCCUGGUGCGCCUCUGCGC